UGGAGAAAAAAAAUCAUCCCUAUAACUAAAACCACUAUUGCUAGAGCAAAGAUCAAAACUGAUGGUGUGAGAAUAUUAAGUAAUUCUUUUACUUUCUCAAGUACAUAUCUCAAGUAGAAAACAACCCCUGCAACUGUUAUACCAGUUCCUACCCCAAAUCCUGAUAAUCCCAUUGCAACCAUUCUUCCAACUAAAGCAACAGUUCCCCUUCCUGAUGCAGCCAUUUCUCCAGUUGAAAUGGCUGUUUCUCCAGCUGCUGCUGCUGCUGUUCUUCCAGUUGACGUGGGUGUUCCUUCAGAUGCUGUUGCUCUUCCUCCGACUGACGUGGAUGUUCCUCCAGAUGCUGUUGCUGUUCCUCCAGCUGGUGUUGCUCCAGCUGGUGUUGCUCCAGCUGGUGUUGCUGACCCUCCAACUGAUGUAGUAAUUGCUCCAGCUAACUUGGCCCCAAGUAAUGUGCCUAUUCCUCCAACUAAUGCUGCUGCUCCUCCAAAUAAAGAGGCUAUUCCAGCUUUUUCGGCUAUUUCUCUAGCUGAUGUGGUUGUUUCCGGAGCUGAUGUGGCCAUUUCUCCAGUUGCUGUGACAGGUUCCUCAGAUGAUGAGAUUGUUUCUCCCCCAGUUGAUGAAUUCAUUUCUCCAGUUGCUGUGGCAGGUUCCUCAGAUGAUGAGACUGUUUCUCCCCCAGUUGAUGAAUUCAUUUCUCCAGUUGCUGUGGCAGGUUCCUCAGAUGAUGUGGCCAUUUCUCCAGUUGCUGUGGCAGGUUCCUCAGAUGAUGAGACUGCUUCUCCCUCAGUUGAUGUUGUCAUUUCUCCAGUUGCUGUGGCAGGUUCCUCAGAUGAUGAGAUUGUUUCUCCCCCAGUUGAUGAAUUCAUUUCUCCAGUUGCUGUGGCAGGUUCCUCAGAUGAUGAGACUGUUUCUCCCCCAGUUGAUGAAUUCAUUUCUCCAUCUGAUGUGGCAGGUUCACCAGAUGAUGUGGCUAUUUCUCCAAUUGUUGUAACAGGUUCACUAGCUGAUGUUGUCAUUUCUCCAGUUACUGUGGCAGGUUCCUCAGAUGAUGAGAUUGUUUCUCCCCCAGUUGAUGAAUUCAUUUCUCCAGUUGCUGUGGCAGGUUCCUCAGAUGAUGAGACUGUUUCUCCCCCAGUUGAUGAAUUCAUUUCUCCAUCUGAUGUGGCAGGUUCACCAGAUGAUGUGGCUAUUUCUCCAAUUGUUGUAACAGGUUCACUAGCUGAUGUUGUCAUUUCUCCAGUUACUGUGGCAGGUUCCUCAGAUGAUGAGAUUGUUUCUCCCCCAGUUGAUGAAUUCAUUUCUCCAGUUGCUGUGGCAGGUUCCUCAGAUGAUGAGACUGCUUCUCCCUCAGUUGAUGUUGUCAUUUCUCCAGUUGCUGUGGCAGGUUCCUCAGAUGAUGAGAUUGUUUCUCCCCCAGUUGAUGAAUUCAUUUCUCCAGUUGCUGUGGCAGGUUCCUCAGAUGAUGAGACUGUUUCUCCCCCAGUUGAUGAAUUCAUUUCUCCAGUUGCUGUGGCAGGUUCCUCAGAUGAUGAGACUGCUUCUCCCUCAGUUGAUGUUGUCAUUUCUCCAGUUGCUGUGGCAGGUUCCUCAGAUGAUGAGAUUGUUUCUCCCCCAGUUGAUGAAUUCAUUUCUCCAGUUGCUGUGGCAGGUUCCUCAGAUGAUGAGACUGUUUCUCCCCCAGUUGAUGAAUUCAUUUCUCCAUCUGAUGUGGCAGGUUCACCAGAUGAUGUGGCCAUUUCUCCAGUUGCUGUGGCAGGUUCCUCAGAUGAUGAGACUGCUUCUCCCUCAGUUGAUGUUGUCAUUUCUCCAGUUGCUGUGGCAGGUUCCUCAGAUGAUGAGAUUGUUUCUCCCCCAGUUGAUGAAUUCAUUUCUCCAGUUGCUGUGGCAGGUUCCUCAGAUGAUGAGACUGUUUCUCCCCCAGUUGAUGAAUUCAUUUCUCCAUCUGAUGUGGCAGGUUCCCCAGAUGAUGAGGUCAUUUCUCCAGAUGAUACAGCAAUUUCAUCUGCCGCUGCAUUUGUUUCCCCAGUUAAUGAGAACGAAAAAAUAUUAUGA